CUUCGCAACUUUACAUGUCAUCCGCCACGAUCACGACGACCCGACGUGAAAAGAAGAAGAUUGCGUAAGCUCUUUGAACUUUGAUACAAUAAAUAACCAAAAAAAGCAUUGUAUAUUCCACUAUAAUUUAGUAGACUGCAAAGGUGAACAAUAGUCAUACUAUUUCACAUCAGAGCACGGGUUAACCAAGAGUUUUAAACGGUUUUGUUGGAAAUCGCCAUCCUGCAAACUUGCAAAUCAGAAGCAGAGCUGAGCCAAGUGAGAGCGAGGGCUAGAGCGAGCUACCUGCAGGCCUAGAGACACCCGAAGGCAACCGGUAUCAAGGAAUUGUCAAGAAUACAGGAACUGCUCAUUGAACACCAUAAGAAGCCGACGUCUGAAGCAACAUGCAGCGUAUGUCACACUUUAUCCAAGGACACCAGAGAGUUAUCCUAGAACUCAAACAAAACGAUGUGCAGAAAUCUCUCAUGCAGGCCCUUAAACAGAUCGCCCAGAAGAGAGCUGCUGCAGCAGCCACAGCAGUAGGCAACACCACACAGAUUCACAACCACCGCAACGAUGUCGCACAGGGCGUCCAGCGUCAGGUCCACACGGGCUGGAAAUGUCAUUCUUCGGGCGGGUCCCGGUUCGGAGAGGCCUACGAGCCGUGGUCGGACGACAUGGCCUGCAUCCUUCAAGGGAGCUGUCUUCCCGGCAGCACACGCUACUGCAGGACCCUCUCCAUGUUCACCAAGAUGGAUCUCAAAGACAUCAUGCAGGCAACAACGAUAGACAGCUUUCCCGACGGGAAGCGCCACUUCCACACAUCCACCGCUGCCAUGCUACCAUUGUGGUCCCCAACAGCUCAUGAUUCAAGAAAGACAACCUUGAUCACGAGCCUGGAGACCAUGACCCGAUACUCCACAGACAAUGCACAGCAGGACAAAGCUGAACCUGAGGCAGAUAAAGGCCAGGUUAGUCAGAGACAAAGACUCAAGAUGGCUGUGCGUGAUUAUGGCUCCACCGUUAUCGUGUUCCAUGUCUGCAUUUCACUCAUGUCUCUGGGCGGCUUCUAUUUAGCGGUAUCUAGUGGAAUAGACGUGAAGUCUCUCCUGUCCACUCUCGGCUUUAGUGCAGAUAUCAUACAGUCAAAGCUCGCGGCCGGAACCAGUACGUUUGUCAUGUCGUACGCAGUCCACAAAGUGUUUGCUCCUGUGCGCAUCGGCAUUACAUUAACAUGCACGCCGUUCAUCGUCAGGUAUUUCCGGGGGAUAGGGCUUUUAAAGCGGUCUCUCCCAACCAAAUGAAUCAAAACAUGAACUGAACAUGAGUCUUCCAAGCUCCUAAAAAUGACUGUACAGAUGUAUAAAGGGGCUGUGAGAAGUGAGGAAAUACAAAUCGUCUCUGCUUGAUCUUAUUUUUGGCUUUAGAGCCUUGAGUGUCUAAAAAGGUAAGGUAUAAAAAACACACUACCAGUGCGGGAUGAACUCCGCCGUUUUAAUAAAUGUUGCAAUGCCUCAUGUUGUUAAGAUUUUAUAAACUCAAUGCAACAUCGCUCUUUAAAAAAAAAGAUUUCCACAGGAGGUAAUUUAUCAGUAUGUGUUUUCUAGUUUUUUUUGGAUUGAUUUCAUAGAGGGGGAGUCUGAUAAUUUAGUACAGUGAGGUGUCACAUAAAUGAGUCUACCGGUAUUCACUUUUAGAUAAUGAUUGAAAGGGACCUGCUGGAACCAACAACAUGUAUUCAUUUACAAUGAAAAGGGUCAAGAGUAUAAAUUAACAUUACUGAUAUAAACAGGGGCCAUAAAUAUAUAGCCACCAUCUCCUGGAGCUGUAAGGGGGUUCCCCCAUCACAGCCCUUAUGGAUGAAAGCUUGGGUGUCACUCCCGGCCCCUGAGGUAGCCUGGCUGGCUACACAUGGGUGCCUCCCCAACUUGUGAAAUCUUUUCUAUUGUUCUUGUCUUUAUGACAGGCAGUAUUUUGUGUGAUGUGUCAAUUGUUUUCUGUUUCAGUUUGUUUUAGCAUUAAUAUCAGUUUAUUUUUGUAAUAUUAAUCAUCUCCUUUGUUCAUUUGUUUACUUUAUAAUGUGGGAGGAUAUAAAGUUAUUAUGUAUAUUUAAUUCAGCUCAUUUAUGUAUAUGUAGCUUGUGUCUUUUAAAUAUAAAGCACUAUGUAUUAUAAAGAUUCAUACAUGUGUCUUCCUCUCAACAUUUUCCCUCUCUCUCUCUUUUGUUCUAUCUCCCCCUCUCUCUCCCUCUCUCUCUCUUGCUUCACUCUCCUCUUGAAUACCGAUUCAUUGAAUAUAUGGAAUUAUGGAUAUUAUGAUUUGAUAAGCGUAGGAUUUGGAACAAUUAAAGGAGUACUAAAUAAUUUAAACAUCAUACCCUACAGUGUGAGGGAAAGUGAAUGAUGAAUAUAAAUUACAUGUAUGUUUAUUUAAUUUGAAGAAAGAAGAACAAACUGAAAUUUUGAAUGAUAAGAUAACCAUAUUUAAUUGACUCUUUGUGAAUGGAUAUAAGUCAGAUAAAUGUCAAA